UGCUGCCCACCCCUCCCACCAGGGGCCCCUCUACCCCCCUCCUCUCGCUGCCCACCCCGAGGACAGGGGCAGUGCCAGGAUUCCACGUGCCCAGCGAUAGACCACCAAAGGAGAGUGGAGUGUUGGCACCGAGACGUGGAGAGAGAGAGAGAGAGAGAGAGAGAGGAAGGAGACGUCUGCCCGACAAGCGCCAAGUAAGGAGGCCACGUAGAGAGAGCGUGGGGGUUGGGGGAGCGGAAGAUGUCGACGUCCACGCGGACGGGGGGAGAGGAGGACGACGAGGGCGAGACGGCGGACAGAGGGCGGAGGCGGAAGAGGAAGUUGGCGGCCCACCCAGGCCUGGCGCCGCUCCGGUGCCCCGACUGCGGGCGCCGUUUCGCCCGGGCCUGGCCCUUCUACCGCCACCGGGCCCGGCACCCGCCCCGCACCCCCUUCAUCUGCUCCCGCUGCGGCCGGGUCUUCGGCUAUUUCCGGGUGCUGGCCGGGCACCGCUGCGGGCAGGACGGAGCGGUCUCGACUUCGUCCGCCGGACCCGCGGAACCUCCCUCGCCGGGGGAAGAGGAGGAGGAGGAGGACGAAGAGAGCCGGCCCUACUGCUGCCCGCUGUGCCCCAAGCGUUUCGCCAGCCCCUGGCACCUCCAGAGGCACCGCUGCGGCGCGGAGGGGGCGGUCUCGACUUCGUCUGCCGGACCCGCGGAGCCUCCCUCGCCGGGGGAGGAGGAGGAGGAGGAGGACGAGAGCCGGCCCUACCGCUGCCCGCUGUGUCCCAAGCGUUUUGCCACCCCCUGGUACCUGCAGAAGCACCGGCGGCGCCAUGAGCGCCCCCCGGCCUUCGCCUGCCCCGACUGCGGGCGGGCCUUCAAGGAGCGGUACGAGCUGGCGCGGCACCGGCUGAUCCACGACCCCCGGCGCCCACACCGCUGCCCGCUCUGCCUCCAGCGCUUCGGCCGGCCGGAGGGGCUGGCCUGCCACCUGCGCGCCCGCCACGGCCCGCCCCGGCGCCGGCCCUUCCGCUGCGGCGUCUGCGGCAAGUCCUACAGCCGCUCGGCCCACCUGCUGCGCCACGCCUACGGGCACACCGGCGAGCGGCCCUACCCCUGCGGGGAGUGCGGCAAGGCCUUCCGGGACCCCGGCACGCUGCGGCGGCACCGGCGGCUGCACCAGCGGGGCGCCGGCGCCCAGCCCCGC